AAAAACUUAGCUUGACAAGCGUCAAUACGUUCUAGAGGCUCAUAAAGACACAUUUUUCUGGUUUGUCCCUAUGACAUGUUACUUCAGGGGCUGAGCGGUUGAGAAAGCGAAUUUUCCCUCUAGAAAUAGUGUGCCAUUGGCAGUAGUGUGCCAUUGGCCUGUUGAUGUACUCUCGUGCGGUUAAGGCUUGCUUUCGUGAGAUAAGAGAUCUCUGACAUAGCGGUCAAACCAUACCCUACAUGAUACAGGUGUUGCACAAGCCUAAUCUAGACCACUCAUUUCUUUCCAAUUCCCAUUCGUUAGGGAUUUUCUCUUUUCUGCAAAACCUCAAAAAUACACCAAGAAUGUUCCCUAUCACUGAGCAAUCUUAUCUUUUGCAAACAAGUGAAAAAUGAACUGAUAACGGAUUUUUCUUCGCAAAUUAUUAAUAUUUUUUAACAUUUGAGUUUUAUAAACGGCUUUUAGAAAGCGCCAGGCCACGACGGGUUUUCUCUUUGCGUUAACUUUACGGGAUGUCCACAGCUUCCUCGGAAAGUCGUCCUAUGUCUUUUGUUUAAGUGUUAAAUAGAUGUAUAUAAACAUGGAGCGAGCGAUAUUGUAUUUAAAAGUGGUUCCGGAACCGGUAAAGAACACAGUUAUAGCCCAUUGUGUCACGCCGUUUUCGUUUGAAUCCCUCGCAAAAUAUAUACAAGCUACUGAAAUAUAAAACGCUAAUUUUUUUUUUAUGAAAAACUUGUACUUUGUGUUCUCUAAAAACAGUUCAUUUUACCUUGAUGUGUUUAUAAAACUGUACUUUGCGAGAUGAAAGGUUUGCCUUAGGCCAGAAGAUUAAAUCUCAAUGUUUUGUACUCUAUCAAGAAAAUACACACACUCUCUCCCUCUAUGAUGUUUACGAAAGCCAAUGCAUCCUCAAAUUUCAUAUCGUUUUAUCUGUCUGUCUUUUUGGCAAAUUAUCCCGAGAUACACUUAAGGCGCAAAGUGUUAAUUCGGAGCAAAUACGUUUAAGCUUUAAAAAGUUGUUGGAUAAAUUACCUAUUGAAGACUCUGACAUAUAACCUUCAGAAUCUAGGCUUAUUAAAAUCGCAUUUAUAACAAAAGCAGAGCUUCAGUCGGUGUUUCCUUGCGAUGUCCGUAUGCUUAGCUUAUGAGUAAACAGCAUAUCCUAGCAACUUUCCCAAGAGUUUGACAAAGUUGAAGAGACAUUUGCUAUUUAAAAGAAUAUUUAUCACCAUCUGGCAACGGCCUCUCCAAACGAAAUUUAAAUAGCCCUGAAAUUGGAAUAUGUACAUGACAAUCCAUUUUUCGCGAAAUUUAGUGUAUGUUUACUUUUUGAUUUCCAUUUGUCUCUAUGGUUAAUUGGGUAGCCCCGAUUUCCCCCAAAAAAGUGAAAGCUGGCGUUCUCGUGAAUUGACCGGUAUCAGAUUUAUCUUGUUUUUUGAUUGUCACGUUUUUUAUACGGAAAUCCAAGUCAUAUUUCUCGCUUCAUAUGUUAUUUUUGAACUAAUUACCAGUGCCGCACGGGUCAUUUUAUUAUUACAGCCAAGAAACCUCUAAAACUCUAAAAUAUUAUGGCAAAAGUCAUUCAUGUUAAGUGAAAAGGAAAGUUUUAGAAGUAUCGUUAACAAUUUUAUACCGUGAAAGAAUAAACGACAUUUUAUGACAGUUUAAAAUGAUAUAGGAAGCACCUUUCCUUUAAGAAUAGAUACAUGUAUAGAUAUACAUAUACACACACUGAAACAACAGUUUACAAAAUGCUUUCGAUCAAAGGAUACCAAAACAAAAGCACAAGUAUUAACGAUUUUUAAUUCUCAAAAGACCGGAACCCUAGCUUCCGUAAUUAGGAGUACUGGGGACAUGCUCAGAGUCAGCUUAAGUUGCAAUGGCAAACUUUGAUUUCCCUCGAUUUUCAGUCUCUCAGUCUUAACCACCUUUUGCUCAUAGAGGCCGUAAAUUGUUUGAGGGCGGUUUUCGGUUUUGUCCUAGGUAUGAAUAAUGAAUCAUAUAUUCCAUUGGGUGUUUAUUCUACUACAAACAAUACAUAUUAUGUCUUCUAUAGCGGCUAAAAACCGCUAAAAAGAAAUCUCCCUGAUUUAGAAAAGCAAUUUACAGCACCGAGAAUGUUAUUCUAACGGUCGUUAUUCGCCGCAAGAAACACAACGGCGCUUGCUUUUUUUUAUCUCAAAGCGCGUACUGUGAUCUCCACGCUCGCUAUGUAGGGUGCUUGGUUUGCGGCGUCUCCCCAUCGCUGAUAUGUAUUUACAGAUGUCGGAAAUUGAAUUAGGUGCAUCAGAGAGCAAUUAAAACUAUCUUAUAACCUUCGAUACAUAGACGUUUUGUUUCCGCUCAAUGUCGGAUCGCCUCACCAACCUAUGGAUAUUUCACAUAGUCUGUUAUACUUCCCAAGUUCCCAAGUGCCUAGGUUGACUAACCUAUUUUUAUUUUGACUCAGUGCUUAUAAAAAAUUGCCUUUGAUGAGUCUAGCUCAAAUGUAACAAGUCUGAAGUUUCCUUCGAGAUUUGUGUGCGUCACUUUUAGAGUUAUCAUGCUCGGUUUAGUUAUUUGUUGCGGGAUAUCACACGCACUUUAAGAUUUUAUCGAAUUUUAUGUGUUAAGUUGGUGAUUAUUUUGCACAGCUAGCACGCAAUGUUAUUACGCUGUGUCGAGUGAGCAUUGUUCUAAUUGUGAGAGCCGCGCGUGCCAUGCCGAAAACACCACUACUAUUAUCAACGCGCUUUUUAUUUAGCGAUCAAAACCUUUACUCAUUAAAUCCCACACCAUAAUUCAAGGCGUUGAACAUGAAAACACAUACAGUGUAAACUCGUAGAUUUUGUAAUUAAAGCCACACAAUAUUCAUUGAAGAUCAAAACCCUGCUCCAUAUCCACCGUGCGAGGCAUCUGUGGAAAUUCCUAAGAGUGAUUUUUAAGCGCGGGCUCGGUAAGUUUUUUUUUUUUUUUGUCUUUCUUAGGAAAGCUUAUUUCAUUUCAUUUGCGGUUAUGUAUUUUGCUUAUUGCUGGAAGUUCGAAGUUAGUCCUAAUAAUCAAUUAAUUGUCUCAAUUUCUGGGGAAAGUGUAAAAAUCUGAAACAACACUCCAACAGAAAACAAAAGUCAUUGAUACCGUCUUAGAAUGAGAUCGCUCCCUACCCAAAUCUCCCUGCUUCAUUUAGCUAACUAGUUUUAAUUAGUACAACCGUCCAAUGAAAAGGCUCAAAUGUCACGUGACCCACGGCAGCUGGGAUGUUGAAAGUAAGCGAUGCAGGGCUUGAUAAGUGCAAACGAGCUUUUACGGUCCCCUAUAAAACGCCACGCAUUUUGGACCUGCCUUCAUAGCUUGACGAUUACAAGUUAAACUCUGCUCAUCGACAAGAUGGAAGGAGACACAGCAAUGGUUGUUGAAGACCAUAUUAUAGAAACUGAGACUUGCUCGCCCAAACGUGCACCAGAAAUGGACAAAAAGCAAGAAAUUCUGUGCAAAGUUUGCGGUGAUAUUUCUUCUGGGAGACACUACGGGGUUUACACAUGUGACGGUUGUAGCGGUUUCUUUAUGCGAAGUGUACGCCGAGACAUGGUUUACACAUGUAAGGGCAACGGUAGCUGCACAGUGGACAAGAAGAGAAGAAACCAAUGCCAAGCAUGCAGAUUCAAGAAGUGUCUUGAAGUUAAAAUGAACAGAUUUGACCUUAGAGACCCUAGGCCUUUGGACUUUUACAAAACGGUGCAGCAAGAGCGACAACCGAACUCGACCAGAGUUAUGAAACCGCAUUUGGACGAAUACGGUCUCAAAGGGCUAAAUAACGAAUUCCUCGCGAGCCUUAUCGUCGCCGAACCUUGCCGCGAUGCAGUCUAUAGAACGAGUCAAGGCCUGAAUCUGCCGUAUCUACAACAAGACGUCGCGUCACCGCUUUUCUGCUCUUCUCCUGAUGCCCUCUUCGAAUCCGCCGCGCGUCUGCUUUUCAUGUCCGUUAAGUGGGCGCGAAACAUCCCGUCUUUUGUAAACCUACCAUUUCGUGACCAAGUUGUGCUGCUCGAAGAAGGGUGGCGGGAACUGUUCAUUAUGGGAGCAAUCCAGUGGAAUCUCCCACUUGAAGUUGCUCCUCUUCUGGCGGCAGCGGGAAUGCACGUCGAUAACACACCAGCAGAAAAAAUUGUGGCCACAAUGGCGGAUAUUAGAAAACUACAAGAAAUCGGUUCACGUUUUCGUGCAUUGCAAGUCUGCGAGGCGGAAUUCGCUUGUCUGAAAGCAAUCGUUCUUUUCAAGCCAGACCUUCGCGAUUUGAGAGACCCGCAACAAGUUGAAUGCUACCAAGACCAGGCGCAGAUCAUGCUCGGAGACUAUAUCAAGAGACAGUUCGCCGGUCAACAAGUCCGAUUUGGGAAGCUUUUACUAAUGCUGCCAUCGCUGCGAUUGGUUCGCAACAAGACAAUUGAAGAACUCUUCUUCCGGCAAACAAUUGGGAGUGUCGCCAUCGAAAGUUUGCUUUGUGAUAUGUUUAAGUCCAGUUAGAGUUAAUGUGUAUAGAUAGUGUAGUACCUUAGGGCUCGCUCUGAAAGGCUCCCUAUUAAUUCUGCCAUCGCAGUUCGAAACAAGACAAUCGAAGAACUCUUCUUCCGGCAAACAAUCAAAGCUGUCAGUGGAAAGUUUGCUUUACAAUUUGUUACAAGGCUUUUUUACACGCAUCAAAUUUUAGGAUCAAUUUUGUGUACUUUCUUCAGUGUGGGCCUGACAUUUGAACAAAGUCUAAUUUUUCCCGACAACCCCCAGGCUUGUGGAUUCCCUGGGGCCGGUUCCUAGAAAGCAGGUUAGCGCUAACCCUGGGAUAAAUAUGGCUAUCUUGACAUUUGAUUGGAUAAAAAGGGCAUUUAUCCCUAGGUUAGCGUUAACCUGCUGUCUAGGAACCCGGCCCUGGCCUACAAUGGGCUCGACAAUCCGCCUAGUUGUAGUAAUACUAGAAAAACAGCUGAAAUGUAACAGAAAAAAAUCUCUAAGAAUAGUAGGAUAAUGGCUCUAAGAAAAUGACAUAAAGUGAAAUAGCAUGACUUGCAAGUAAUGGCACGAAUUUAUUGGACAUCAUGUACAAUAGACGAUAAACUCUUUUUAUAUACAAAUAUCAUAAACUCUAUGACAACUAAGAGCAAAUCCUCUAGUAGCCUAGCCUAUAUAUCCAAACUAAAUGCUUUCUUUUGAAAAGCGCUUAAUGUAAAAAUUAGUUUUGUACAUAUUAUUAUAAGAAAAAUAGACAUUUACUAUAGAACGAAGUGUGAAAUUUUUUUGACUGCUCAUUUUAAAAGAAUCAAAAUUUUCUCUAAGUAAAGUAGUUCCUUCACAAAUG